AUGAAAAACAAGAAACAAAAUCAAGUGGCUAUCGGAGAAUCAGAUGAAGCUGAUACAAGUUUCGAACAAGGUAAUGGAAUCAACGGGAAAACAUCCAUCAAAGUAUCGGAUGCUGACAAGCAAAAAGGAAAUUUCAAAAAUUUUGAAAUUUCAAAAAAAACAGUAAAAAAACUCAAAGCUCGUAACGUUGAAUAUCUCUUUCCUGUUCAAAGCGAAAGUUAUACAUCUAUCCACGAGCAAAACGAUUGUUUGAUUCAAGCAUCCAGCGGAACUGGCAAAACACUCGCUUAUGUCAUUCCUCUUGUUGAAUUACUGCAAAGUGAUAAAUCAGUUGAGUUAAUGUCAGGUCGUGCACCACGUGUUCUUGUUGUAACACCAACACGUGAUACAGCUAAACCAAUCUCCGAUGAUUUUCAAACUGUUGUUAACGAUCUUGCCGUUGCAACCAUUUAUACAACCAAGAAGAAAUCUGAUGAUCAAGAAACAGAAGUUACAAAUGGUUGUGACAUUUUGGUCGCCACACCAGAUCGUUUGAAAGAAUUUAUCGACGAAGAAAAGGUUGAUUUGUCACAAAUCAAACAUGUUGUUCUCGAUGAAGUUGAUGAACUUGUUGAUGAUUUGAAGAAAACUCUCAAGAAUGUCUUCACAUCAGAUCAAGAAACAAAACCACAAUUGAUUGUUCUUUCGGAAGCAGCGCCCGAUACCGUCCGUAAAGCUCUCAAGAAAUUCUUGUCCACAGAUGCUGUUACGCUCAAUCUCGCUGAAAAGACGAAAGAAGAAGCAACAGCUGAUGAUGAUGAAGAGGAAGAUGACAAUGAUGAAGAUGAUGAAAAACCAGUUAAUGGUUCAUCUACCAAUACAUCUGGUAACGCAGAUGACGGUCCUCGAUCGCUUCUCUCGAAACAACCCAACUAUACCACCUAUCAACUUUCUACCAAUGAUGAAAUCAAAGGCGUUGGUUUCGUUUUUACAAUGUUACGUAAAAGUUUUGGUGAUGAUUUCGAUGCUAAAGGUUCAGUUCCACAAAUCGCAUUUACUAAAGAUUAUAAAGGUGCCAUUUUCGAUCUACCAAGCAAGUAUGAUGAACAAUUGCAAAGUUCGUGGCGAGACAGUGCACGAAUUCAAAUGGGACCUAUUACAGAAUUACCCGAACUUGAUGAAGCUUCUAUGAAUGAUCAUAAUAUCUUCACACGUGGCAAUAAAUCUGGAGGUGGUGAUCGAAAUUCAGGAAGAUCAAAUGCAUGCUUUAAUUGUCAAAAAGAAGGUCACAAAUCAUUUGAAUGCCCAGAAGGCAAGAAUUCUGGAAGAAAUGGUGGAAACAGAUCAGGUGGUGGUGGCGGCGGCGGUGGCUGCUUUAACUGUGGCAAGGAUGGUCACAAGUCAUUCGAAUGUCCCGAACCGAAGAAAGCAGGUGGCCGUGGUGGAAGUGGUGCUGGUGGCGGUGGUGGCUGUUUCAACUGCGGUAAAGAUGGCCACAAGUCAUUCGAAUGUCCCGAACCGAAGAAAGCUGGUGGUCGCGGUGGAAGUGGUGGUGGCGGCGGUGGUGGCUGCUUCAACUGCGGUAAAGAUGGUCACAAAUCAUUUGAAUGUUCAGAACCGAAGAAAGCCGGUGGCCGUGGAGGUCCCGGUGGUGCUGGUGCUGGCGGUUGUUUUAAUUGCGGCAAAGAUGGCCACAAAUCAUUCGAAUGUCCCGAACCGAAAAAAGAACGAUCGUCAUUUGGUGGUCGCGGAGGCCCACGUGGUGGUGGUGCUGGCGGUGCUAAACGUAGCUUUGGCGGCGGAUACAGCAACGGCGCGACUACAACUGAAACAUCUAAUAAAAAGAUCAAAUUUGACGAUGACGACGAGUGA